AUGUCUAGCCGAGCAAAGCGCAAGUUCGACAUCGACCCCAACGCAUCCGAUCCGGACGACUUUGACUACGACGACUCUGAAAGACGCGCACCCCCACAGCGCCGCCGAAAUCGAGGCACGCCCGGGGCCAAGAAGAAGCCGUCCAAGCGCCAGCGACGCGCAUACGGCGGCUCCGACAUUGACGACGACGACGACAUCGAGUCGGAGGACUCCUUUACCGAGCGCUCCGAGUCAGAGGAGCCCGAGAUCAAUCCCGCAACCGGCAGGAGCGUGCGUCGCGCCACCAAGAAGCAGAUCAAAUACGAAGAGAGCGAGGACGAAAUCGAGGACACGCCGUCCGAAGACGUUUCGCCCAAGCCUGCCUCGCGCCGUCGCGCCCAGCCGUCGAUCGAAAAGGUCGAGAAGCCUUCGCUCAUUGUAAAGCUGAAGAUGCCUGACCACGCCUCCGGUCGCAACCUGCGCACCCGCACGGGCAGCAAGUCCCUCGCGCGUGGAAGAACACCAGAAGUACAAGGUACACGACGCAGUAGUCGUCUUUCGCACGAUAUCGAGGCGCCCAUUGUCGCACUCUCCGACUCGGGCAAGCAUGUCAAUGUAAUCCGCGAAGGGACCCGGAGCCCGGAGCCUGUUAUUGCACGCGCAACAAGAGGUGGCAAGGGCCCCAAAAUUGAGCACCCCAGCGCCAUCAUGGAGGCCUCGCAAGAGACAUCGAUGAUCCGCGACGAGACGCCUGGUCCCCUCGAUGCCCUCAUUGCUGACGCGGAGACCCAAGUCAAGGCAAGCAAAGACAGCUCACCCGCAGAUGAUGCUCAAGAAGGCGACGCUGAGGGCGAGGAGGAUAUGGAAGGCGUGAUUCAAGAAUCUCAGCAAGACGAAGGUGCCGCUGAAGAAUCCGACGAGGAGGGCCCGGUCACUCGCGGGGGCCGAAACCUGAGGAAUCGCGCUGCAUCAUCUAAGCGCAAACGAGCCGCCAACGAGAGCAGCGACUUUGAACCUCCCGCCGAGGACGAGAAAGAGGAAGAGCUCUCCGAGUCCGACAACGACAAGGGCAAAGCAUCUGCCUCUGAAAGCGCCUCGGGCUCAGGAAGACGUCUCCGAGGCAAGACCCGCCAGUCUGGACGCAGCAGGCGCAACUCUUCAUCUGAAGAAUCAGGGCUUGAUCAAGAUGAACUCCAGGAUGAACUCCAGGACCUCGAGUAUAACAAGCGACGGCGAUUGUCACGUCGGAAGCCUGACGAGGAUCUGUCUUACGACACGAUGCCCAAACGCCGGGCCCGCAACGCGGGUGUGGAUUACCGUGUCGUGCGACCAGAGAUGAACACCAUGUUUGACAAUGACGAUGAUCCACCCGUUGCCGAGAAGACUCGGGCCAGAGGUGGCCGAUCCACAUACAAGAGCUUAUGGCGCAGCCAGGGUCCCUUUGGUGGCGGUGUCGAAGCUGGCAUGGGCGCAGCAGGCGGCGAUUCUGACAGCAGCGAGGAUGAGAACCAGAAGAUGCCUAAGCCGGCUGGUGGGAUGAUAGGCAUGACUCCCACUACCGCGACAGCCCCUGCGUUUGGCUUUCCUCAAUCCCACAAUGCCGACCCGCAGCAAGCCUCUGGUGGUGGUCCCGCAAAUCUUGGAAAGGUCAAGGACAAAAAGGCCCUCGCCGAUGCUGACCCUCUCGGUGUUGAUCCGAACGUCAAUUUCGAUGGGGUCGGUGGUCUGGACGAUCACAUCAACAAGCUCAAGGAGAUGGUCAUGCUCCCACUGUUGUAUCCCGAAGUCUUCCAACGCUUCAAGAUUACUCCUCCACGAGGUGUUUUAUUCCACGGACCACCUGGUACGGGUAAGACGCUUCUUGCCCGCGCGCUCGCCUCGAGUGUCAGUACGCACGGCCAGAAAGUUACCUUUUACAUGCGUAAAGGUGCCGACGCCUUGAGCAAGUGGGUUGGAGAAGCUGAGCGGCAGCUUCGUCUCUUGUUUGAAGAAGCGCGGAAGACCCAACCAAGUAUCAUCUUCUUUGACGAGAUUGAUGGAUUGGCCCCAGUCCGGUCUAGUAAACAGGAGCAAAUUCAUGCCUCGAUUGUGGCAACGCUUCUUGCCUUGAUGGACGGCAUGGACGGUCGCGGGCAGGUCAUCGUCAUUGGUGCUACCAAUCGUCCAGACUCGGUAGAUCCCGCGCUUCGACGUCCAGGGCGCUUCGACCGCGAAUUCUACUUCCCACUGCCGAGUGUUGCAGGUCGACGAGCCAUCAUUGACAUUCAUACCAAGAACUGGGACCCGCCUCUAAAGCCGGAAAUGAAAGACCAGCUUGCAGAACUGACAAAGGGUUACGGAGGUGCCGACAUUCGAGCCCUGUGCACGGAAGCCGCUUUGAAUGCCGUUCAAGGAACCUACCCUCAAAUCUACACAUCUGAGAAGAAGCUCUUGAUCGAUCCCAGCAAUAUCAAGAUUCUCGCAAAGGACUUUAUGAUCUCGGUCAACAAGAUGGUGCCUUCAUCCCAGCGAACAGUCACCGCAAGCGCAGCACCAUUGGGCAAGAACAUUGAGCCACUGCUACGCAAGCCCCUUGCAGCAAUUAUCAAGCGUAUCGAUGAGCUUAUUCCAAGGAGGAAAAAGCUUUCGGCACUCGAAGAGGCAGAGUUUGACGACCGCGAGGACGAGAAGGGCUUCGAGCGGGAGGCCACUAUGCGCAACUUUGAAAGCAGCAGAAUCUUCAGGCCCCGUCUGCUUAUCAGUGGCCUCCAGGGCAUGGGCCAGCAAUACCUCGGCGCUGCGUUAUUGAACAAGAUCGAAGGGCUGCACGUCCAGUCUUUUGAUCUCCCAACCAUCUUGGAGGAUUCUACAAGAACACCCGAGGCAGCCAUCACUCAACUGUUCACUGAAGUCAGGCGGCACAAGCCCAGUGUCAUCUACAUUCCUGCAGUUGAUGUCUGGUAUCAAACACUACCCACACAGGCGAUCAAAACAUUCAAGCUUCUUCUGCGCAGUGUUGGCGCCAACGAGCCGAUCAUGGUCUUGGGUAUCAUGGAAUUACUCAGUGAAAAUGAGAAGCCCGACCGACAGAUGAUGAUGGAUCUCUUCUCGUUCUCGCAGACCAACCGGUUCCUGCUCACGCGGCCGGAUCAAGAAGGUCGCUCAGAAUUCUUCAACAAUAUCAGUCAUUACAUCCGCAUGUCUCCUGCGGAUUUCCCCGACCCCGAUAACAGAAAGAAGCGAGUACUGCCUGAGCUGGAGCCCGCACCUAUCGUUGAGCCAGUCAUUGAUCCAAAGGAGCUUGCGGCGCGCGAGAAGUGGCAGAAGAAGCAAGACAGGCUUACUCUCAACAAGAUGAAGAUUGUCAUACAGCCAAUCAUGGACCAGCUGAAGAGGAGUCACAGGAAGUUCUUCAAGCCAAUUCUAGAGGAAAGUUGGUACUCUUAUCUGCUCGAGGAACAAGACCCCGAGUACCUCCGAUCAGACCUGCCUCGCCAAGAGCAAGAAGAACAGGGCGCUAUCCGGCCGUGGGAGUUCUCAAAAGAUAACAAGGGCGUGGACGUUCUCUUGCAUGUCGAGAGUGGUAACAAGUACUACAACUUGGACCUCAGCACGAUCGAGAAGCGACUUUCCAACGGCUACUACAAACGCCCUGCGGAUUACCUCUUCGAUAUCAAGACGCUUGUGAAGGAUGCUCGGACUUUCGGAGAUGCUGAGCGAACCCUGAAGGGCAAUGAGAUGAUUACAAAUGUCGAGGUCGACCUGGACAACUUCUUCAUGCAGCAGAAUCCCGGUCUGCUCCAAGAAUGCGAGGCAGUAUAUCAGCGCGAACUCGAAAGGGAACGCAAGGCCCAAGAGAAUCGAGACAAGGCCAUUGCAGAGAACAAGGAGGUUGCCGACAUUGCUCGCGUACCCCCUGAGCAAUCCAUCGGCACAACGGAGACUUCAGGGCCCAUCACUUUGGGUGAGCCUGUCCCUGGACAUUUGCCUAUGCCACCCGUUACUCCCAUGCGGGCACCUCAUCCUGCAGAGUUGUCAAAUGGCACACACCACGCAACGAAUGGUUCUAUCGCGCCCUCCCAUGACGAUACAACCAUGACCGACAGCCAAGAUCUGAAUGCGACCACACAGCAUGAUUUCCAGUUUCAAACUCCAAGCAGGAUCGACACUCAGGGAACGCAGACUCAGAAAUCGCAGGUGGCGGGGCGCACAUUCAUGGCGCCAAACUCGCAUCCCAACGACUACCACAAUAGCGCGUCAACAACGACUUCUGGUCAAAAGACUUCGCACAGGUCUUCAGACAACAAGUUCAGUACUCAGAGCAGCAAUGGUGUUGCGCCAGUCGGUAUCAACUUUUCCGAGAUGAUGCCCGAGCCGGGCGGUUCGCAGCUUCCCGACACGCAAGAAGUCCACUAUGUCAGCAGUCAGCCCUCAAACUCGCAAUUUUCACAGCCAUCGCCACAUGUUAAUUCGAUGCCGGCGCCGGCGCCUCCACACCACUCAAAUCUCAACGAAAUCUUGAAUGAUGAGCCUAAGCCUCAGCUUAUUCUUGACGAUAGUCUCGUUACGGCAUUGCAUGAAAAGCUCGUUCAGUCGACAUCUGGCUGCUCGCUUGAACAGCUAGAGCAAAUUAACGCCGCGCUUAUGGAUGCUAUUUGGAAAUAUCGAUUCGAGUAUAACCGCAACGUCGUUCUCAAGGAGGUGACAGAAGCAUUCAACGUUAUUAUCAACGAUAUCCAAACCAUGCAAGAGAUCCUCAAGUCGAGCCAAGAAGAAGAAGAGGCAGAACUACGGCGGCAGUAUCCCUCUACGCAAGACGACUGGUUCUCACAGACGCAGUCUCGUCACUAG